AAACACAUGAUAUUCUGAUAUUCAUCAUUGGGAUAACUUAAUAUCGGUUUAGAGAGAUCGGAGAUUUGGAUAUUUUAAACAAUAGAGAACUUAAAGCUAUAUUUUUCUUCACUGUCCUUCCUCUUUUAGCUUCCUUCAGUCUCGCCCCUUCUCUGCAGGCUAACCUCCCAUAGCCUAGACAAUCUCUGUCAGGUUUCGGUUCAGGAGUGGGGUUUCUUCCCCCAUGCCUAGGUCGGUCUGGGUGGGACUGGCACCAUUGUAACCAUGGGAACGUACUCCUGAUGGAGAUCCACUCCCCCCUAUGCAGGCGGGUUUUAUUAUUUAUUCUAUUAUUAUUAUUAUUAUUAUUAUUCAAGUACGAAGUGGACUCAAUUGCGUACAUCAGCCAAUGCAAUGGGUCGCUCGGCUAAACAGGAGGCUUCUUAUUUAAGGAAUCUUUAAUUGUAGUGGGGUGCAUUCCCCCAUCGCCUAGAUUGGUUUGGGUGGGACAGGCACCAUUGGUUUUUCCUUUUCACUAUCUAUGCGCCUUGGUGGGAAGCAGGCCACUGCCCUACCAGGUAAUCGCUUAAAAAGCCAUUCUUUAUUAAACAUAGGACUCAACAUGUAUAUUACAGCUGGAUCAUUCAUGCUUGAAUUGUAAACGCAUGGAGCAACGAGAAUGUGAGUGUCCUUGUGAAUGUCCUCUCACACUUGGAUAUGAUCUCUGCCAACAAAAUGAAGACAGGCAUGAGGAAGUAGAGGAGGAAGAAGUAGCAUGUCAUGCCCCAGAUGAAACAUCUGGAUUUUUGCCUACAUUCAAGGCUCAUCCACCAAGGUCUCGACUACCUUCCUCCUUGUCAUGUAUGGCUCCAAGGUGCUUACAAAGGACUUCAGAGAGUGGGUGUGCAGGGGUGGUAGGAUGUGAAUGGUGCUACAUGGAACGAGAUGGUGUGACACCACUUGAUAAACCCUUCUGUUCUUCGCUGAGUAUUUGCUUUCAAGGUGCUCUCCACUCUAUCUACAACCCCUAUCAGACUCAUGACAUCGAGGCAUCUUUGUAUGGAGACGAAGCAGAAGACUUGGGUGGAGCACCUAUUGGCCCAGUUGCAGGGGGGAUAAUGGCCUGCUUCUUGGUGCUGGCUCUUGGCAUCUAUUGCUAUCGACAUUAUUCCCACAUGUUUGGAAGUCAUGGAGAGGGGACAUCGUGGGAUUCAUCUCAGGCCCGGCUUGGCCCUCCCACUUAUGUAGAAGACCAAGAUGAAUCUGACUGCCCAGAUUCAGAUGAACAAGAACCGCCACAUCCUUCAUCAAGUGGAGGAGAAUUAGUGGCCAUGAUGAUCCAGUCACCGUAUCGAACGAGCCCAGAAUAUCGAAGACCGAGGAAUCGGGAAGGUGGUGGAGAUUCAGACCACGGUUAUUCUACUAUGACACCACAUGAGGAAUACUGUGAUUCCUAUGACCCUGUCUUCCCCCAGGCUCCUCCUCCAGCUGCAAUUAAAGACUUGUCAUCCAUCCCAGAAGGGAAGCAGACUCUGCUCGUCCCUGUACAGGUUCAUCGUGCUGACUUGGACCUUGUUUCAUUAUCUCCUGCCACAUCAUGACCUCAUGCACAUGACAAUGCUCAAGGAUUUGUUUCUAGUCAAGUUCCUUUUGUACUUAUUGAUUUUUUGUACUUUGUAUUUACAAUGAAACAGACAUUAGUGCAUCAACAUA